ACUAGCAGAGGUGCCAAAGUAGAGCCCUGCGUUUGGAGCCCAGAUCAAGAGAGGCUGCCGGGGCAGGAAGAGGGGGAAGAGGAGGAGGGGGGGCCUGGGCCGGGCUCACCUUUCCUUCGCGGUCCCUCCGGCCCUAGAGCACUUUGGCACUGGAGCUUAGAUCGCGGCUCUCAGCCCAGCUGGAAACAAGUGACAGAGAACAAUUAGAGAGGAGGGCGGGCGGGAGCGCUUGAGUGCUCAGUCCUAAAAAGUGAACCUGCUCCCUGAUUUGCAGACGCAUUUACCGGCGACGGCGGCGGCGGGCGACAAGAGCAGGAAAGGUGAAAUUGUUUAAGAAAGGAUUCCUGCCCUGUUCCACUUACCGGGUCCCAGCCAUGGCAUCGGUCUUGGGGACCAGCAGAGGGUCCGGAGGGCUGAGCAGUCAACUGAAAUGCAAGUCCAAGCGGAGGAGGAGGAGGAGGUCCAAGCGCAAAGACAAAGUGAGCACGCUGUCCGCCUUCAUCGCUUCCUUCAAGCACGUGAGCCCCGGGGCCGCACACACGGAGGAUGAGGACAACCUCAGUACCAGCAGCGCCGACGUUAAGGAAAACCGCAACGUGAGCAACCUGGAGGCCAGGCUGCCACCCUCCGGGGACAGGGCCCGAGGGGGCGCACCCGGCCUGAAGAGGAAGCGGCCACUGGAGGAGGGCAACGGCGGCCACCUGUGCCAGCUGCAGCUCCUCUGGAGGAGGCUCUCGUGGUCCGUGGCACCCAAGAACGCGCUGGUGCAGCUGCACGAGCUGCGGCCGGGCCUGCAGUUCCGCACGGUGUCGCAGACCGGCCCGGUGCACGCGCCCGUCUUCGCCGUGGCCGUGGAUGUGAACGGGCUCACCUUCGAGGGCACCGGGCCCACCAAGAAGAAGGCCAAGAUGCGGGCGGCCGAGCUGGCCCUCCGGUCCUUCGUGCAGCUCCCCAACGCCUGCCAGGCCCACCCGGCCCCAGGCGGCACAGCCCCGGACUUCACCUCCGACCAGGCCGACUUCCCCGACUCCCUGUUCCAGCGGUUCGAGCCCACGGCCCCCAGCGAGGGCUUCCCGGGCCGCCGCCCUGCUGCCCCCGACCGCCUGUCCACGGCCUGCCGGCGGGGCCGGCUACUGGGCCGCCCGCUGGACCUGGACCUGGACCUGGGGGGCCCCGCGGCUCCAGGCGCAAGGAACCCAGUGGUGCUGCUGAACGAGCUGCGCUCGGGCCUGCGCUACGUGUGCCUCUCGGAGCCCGAGAAGAGGCGCGCCCAGAGCUUCGUCAUGGCCGUGAGCGUGGACGGGAGGACGUUCGAAGGCUCGGGACGCAGCAAGAAGCUGGCCAAGGGCCAGGCGGCCCAGGCCGCCCUGCAGGCCCUCUUCGACAUCCGGCUGCCCGGCCACGUCCCCAGCAGGAGUAAAAGUCACCUCCUGCCUCAGGAAUUCGCCGACACGGUGUCCCAGCUGGUCACGCAGAAGUUCCACGAGUUGGCCGUGGGCCUGGCGUCAGCGCACGCCCGCCACAAGGCGCUGGCCGGGAUCGUCAUGACCCAAGGCCUGGACGUCAGGCAAGCCCAGGUCGUCGUCCUGUCCUCGGGGACCAAGUGCAUCAGCGGCGAGUACAUCAAUGACCAGGGGCUGGUGGUCAACGACUGCCAUGCGGAGAUCGUGGCCAGGAGGGCGCUGGUCCACUUCCUGUAUGCACAGCUGGAGCUGCACCUGAGCAAGCGGCGCGAGGACAGCGAGCGCUCCAUCUUCGUGCGGCUGCAGGAGGGCGGCUACCGGCUGAGGGAAGAUGUCCUGUUCCACCUCUAUGUGAGCACAUCCCCCUGCGGAGACGCGCGGCUCCACUCGCCCUACGAGCUCACCACGGACCUGAGCAGCAGCAAGUACCCGGCCAGGAAGUCCCGGGGGCACCUGCGCACGAAGAUCGAGUCCGGGGAGGGGACAGUGCCCGUGCGUGGCCCAGACGUGCAGACGUGGGACGGCGUCCUGCUGGGCGAGCAGCUGGUCACCAUGUCCUGCACGGACAAGAUCGCCAGGUGGAACGUGCUGGGGCUGCAGGGUGCGCUGCUCUGCCACUUCAUCGAGCCCGUGUACCUGCACAGCAUCGUGGUGGGGAGCCUGCACCAUACCGGCCACCUCUCCCGGGUCAUGAGCCACAGGACCGAGGACAUCGGCCAGCUGCCCGCCUCGUACCGGCACAACCGGCCCCUCCUCAGCGGAGUGAGUCAGGCCGAGGCACGGCAGCCUGGGAAGUCACCCCACUUCAGCGUGAACUGGGUGGUGGGCACGGCGGACGUGGAGGUCAUCGACGCCACCACUGGGAAGCGGAGCUGCGGCCGCUCGUCCAGGCUCUGCAAGCACAGGCUCUCGGCCCGGUGGGCGCGGCUCUACGGCAAGCUGAGCACACGGAUCCCAAGCCACGGAGACACGCCGUCCAUGUACUGUGAGGCCAAGCUGGGGGCACGCACCUACCAGGCUGUCAAACAGCAGCUGUUCAGAGCAUUCCAGAAGGCUGGCCUGGGCACCUGGGUGAGGAAGCCGCCGGAGCAAGACCAGUUCCUACUAAUGUUAUGAGGCCCCGGGCCGGCCCUGCGCAGCGGGCGAAGCCGUGUGUGGGUGUGGCGUGCCCUGACGGUGCUGAUCUGUGCUGUGCAUUCGUUUUCCUUUGGUGUUCAGAAACACACGCGUGUCUGAAGCUCAGAUGAGCAACUAACCUUGUGUUAGGGACAUGCUGCUUCUCCGACGGCUGCUCCCAAGAUGCCAGGACCGAGAUCGCCCACCACACCUGCCUACGCACAAACAGCUCUCGCUCCUCCUUGUGUCCAAGGGAAUUUCCAUUUGGGCCAGAGGGUCUGAGUGGAUGCCUUGAAAAGCAGUGCCGAGGCUUGGCCGGUGAGAACCAACCAGGCCCAUCCCCGACGCUUCCCUCCCCGCCACGCACCUCCUGAGCGAGGGGUUCCCACGAGCACAGCGUGUGUGAGACUUCAGGAUAAGCCACAAGUGAAGAGAAAAGCCAUGGGCUCCUCCCCAAAGAAGCCAGUAAGGAUGAGCUAUCAUGUUCAUUCCUAUUUUUUUCACUCCACCUCCUUUCAAAAUGAUUUGAGACACAUGAUAUUAAAGAACCCCUAAAAGAGGACCAGAGAGUGAGACCAUUCUUGCAGAGAGCAAAGGAACAGUUUCCAAAGCACCCGGGGGCCAAGAUUUAGGGCAUGAAGAAACCACCGCUACACGUCCUGGUGACGAGGGUCCCAGAUGCGCAGCCCCGGGCCCCACGCCCAUGGCUUGACGCAGCUGCUUCCCUGGCAGAUGACGACCCGACCACCUGGACAAGGUCUGAGCUGAUAGGGUCCCCCCUACCCAGGGAAUCAAUCAGGAAACCAAGUCCCAGACCAAGUCCUGCCUUUUUAACUGAGUUUUAUCAGAAAGCAAGCACAGAAACUCACAGAACUGUCCCCUUAGGCCUGAGGGGCCUCCAGCUCUCUCAUCUCGGUUCUCUGAUCUCCAUCCUGAACAAUAAAAAAAUUCACUUAAAACAGCUGCCGAAGUGCAAGAGGCAGAAUUCUGCCCCCUUUAGGUUCCCCCGAGCACAUGGGGUGUCCGGGGUUGAGUGAGGGGCGGGGUCCUGACCCCCUGUCCACGCAGGAGGGUGGCACCCCCGUGACAUCUCGAGUCAUCAUAUGCCUUGAAUUGUUUCACCGCCGAGGACUCAUUUCUGGCUCCAUCAUGCCGGUUAACCAGCCUCUCGUUCCUCCAUCUAAAAGAUCCGCAUCUGAGAUUCAUCGUCCAGAAUAUAAAUAGCAAAGCUCUGUAGCAGCCCGGGCACCUCACUUAACCCAAGAAAGGCAAGUGCAGCAUCACAAAGCUCUCAUAACAACGGGGCAAAAGCAAAACAAAGUGAGUUGUAGGUAUUGUCACAAGAGAACAAGAAGUAGAGAUACUAAGUAUGGAGAGAGAAACUUUUCCUGGGAUUUAAUAUAAAGUCAAACUUACUCAAGUUCUUUUAUAAGAGAAAACGGACCGGGUAUUUGACAACUUCUCCAGCAUAAAGUUUCAAGAGAGAUGAAAAUGGUUUUGCAAAUAGAUGACUCGUAUUAAUCUUUCAUACAAAUUGAGGAAAUAAAAUCUUAAUUCAGUACAAAAGCUAGGAUCAAAAGGCCAGUUUAUGUUAGUGUCUGAUCAUUUGACAUGGCAUCAGGACAAAGCUCAGAGAACCAGAGGCCUCAGGGCUGGUUGUGACUCAGACACUCUGAGCCCCGUCUCUGGAGCCCUGCUCUGAAAGCAGGAGGCACAGUCCAGUCCUGGCUGGAAUCUGUGACCAGAAGCUCAGCUCACAGCACUCUGAGCUGUUGCUUGGAGACGUGGUCCAUGCUUUGUAUGAACGAGCUCCUACUACAGGGAGCAGACGGCAGGGAAGAUGUGGGGGAGCCGACCCACAAAGGGGCACAGAGGGCACUGCCCACGGGACCUGGUUCUAGGGGCUUGGAAGGCGCCCACCCACCCACGAUGAGCACCCCACAGGGUUCGAGGCACUGGCUCUCCAGAACCACACAAACUUCCUCAUGUAUAAACAUCUGCUCCUGGAGAAAGCCACCCCUAGGGCCCUGGCACCCAUUAGCACCGGCGUGGGGACUUGUCUGUCGGGUCAGGAGGGCACUUCUCGGAGGGAGAGAUGGAUGAGAGAAGAGUCCCUAGGGCAGCAAGAAGUGCACUUCAGGGCCUGAAGCUUUGCCACGAGUGAGUGGGAAACAGAGAGGGAGCUAGGGACGAGGGACCCCGGGCUCCGGGCACAGGCGGGUGGGGACGGGACAGGAGGGCUGGGACGGCCAGAGGCCAGAGGAGAGGACCCCGGGCUCGAACCCGGCACCAGGGUAGCUGGAGGGCUUGGCUCAGGUCAGCCCCAAGCGCAGAGGUGCAUCUCCCUUUGCUCCAGGCCCCCGGGAGCACCAGCACCACUUAUGCAGGUCCACCUGCAUCUUUUGAUUAGAAAAAUUAGGGGAAUUCGAGUCCAGAGGAGCCCGCACACCUCCCCACCUGGGUCUCUGUGAGGAGAACAAACACUUGAGUCACCCUGAAAUCAGGACGGAGCCAACAAAAGGGCCCCCCACCUGCCGAACCUGCCUCGACCACCAUCCUGUGUCUCCGUGAUUCACACUUGCCCUGUUCCGUGUUCGCAUCCACCCUCCCACAAUCUGCCCUCCCGCUAACAUCCAAAUAAAGUCGGCAGCACCUCCAUCUGCCUCCCAAGCCCACACCACUUCCGAUCAGGGAGAAAAACAUAAGCAACGUACAGUUCCCAGCCUGGUCCUCCUGGCAGGACCCAGCCCUAGAGGGUCAGGAGGUCGGUGGCUCCGCUUGUCCCCUCCCAGCACGUGAUCCCACAACGUGUGAUAGCAAGUUACUGGAUUUAGGAUUAUCUUUGGGUUUUGUUUUUGCUGAGCAAAUGAUUUGUGGGUCUAUUUUGCAGAUCUAUAACUGCUGUUUCCUUUUUGUUCCUUUCUAAGUCUGUAUGUACCCAUCUGGCCACUACAGUGUCUGAUGUCCGCUGUUCCUCAGAAAUGUUGACUUGAGUUGCUUUUCAAGGAAACACAGCUCAUAUUUUUCCCACAUGAUUCUUUUUCACAGAAUUCUGUUCUUAUCAAUAAAGUUAAAUGUUUUCUUUC